AAAUCACAACUCUGAUGUUACCGUGUACUGUGUACUCUGUACUUCGUGCCUGUUAUUUUAAAGCAAUAUCGAAUUGUAUUGAAUAUUAAGAUAUAAGAUACAAGUCACCGUUGGUGACUUUCAAUAAUUGAACCGGGGUGGAACAGGGAACAGAGAUUCUGACCUCCAAUGUUGAUUUCUGUUAACAGUUGAAAUUUUCACAUUUAUAUUAUGGCUGCAAAGAGUGUUACUGUACUUACGCCAAAUAAUCGCAGACAAAAUGUUAAAGUUACACCAAACACGACGAUCUUUCAAAUUUUGGAGGAAAUAUGCAAGAAGCAUGAAUAUAAUGUAGAUGAUUAUGAUGUAAAAUACCAUAAUCGGAUAUUAGAUAUUAAUACAAUAUUAAGAUUCUCUUCAAUACCAAACAAUGCAUUAUUAGAAAUGGCACCACGUGCUAAACCACGUCCUAGAUCAACUGUCACAGUCUGUAUACAAUCAGAAAAUGGAGAACAAAUAAUAAAGGAAUUUAUGCCUAAUAUAACAUUAGCGGAACUUUUAUUACAAGUAUAUCCUGAUCGAGAACUUGAUAAAACAGCUUUAACAUACAUUCAUCGUGAGGUUUUUGGAACACAAGCUUUGAAGGAUACAACUUUGAUGUUGUUAGGACUUACACAUGGUAAAGCUGUAUUACGAUUAUUAUAUCGAAAUCCUGAAGAAAUAAAUGCUCCAACUUGUAAGAAUGCUGAAACAAGUGAUCAAAAUAAUAAAAUCGAAUCUUGUAUGAAAGUUAAUAAAACAGUAGAUUCUAUAGUUGUGAAAGAAAGUAAAGAAAGUAAAGCUUCUAUGACAAGAGAAAAUGAGUUAACAUCAUCAACAAGUGCAAAUGAUCCCAUCGAUAGUAAUAUAGACACCAAAGAUGAAGAAAUCGAUACACAUGAAAUACACUUUUUAGGUGAAAGGAAUGCUUUGGCAUUUAAUCAGGCUAUGGUUCAAGCAUUAUCUAGAGAUGAAUUCCCUGACAGUUUUUAUGAUGUAACUAUGGAAGAUGCAAAAGUAUUACUACGAGAUGCUAAACGUCGUAGAGAAGAGUUAGAAGAAGCUCCUCUUUUAACAAAUGACCUGCGCGAAUCAAAUCACGAAAAAGUGAUAUCAACUAAAUUAAACAAGUACUACCAAACCAUAAUCCGUGUACAAUUUCCAGACCAGUUUGUGCUUCAAGGUAUAUUCCAGCCAACAGAAACAGUACAAAUGAUAUAUGAUUUUAUAAAAAAUUAUUUGGAUGAUCCAACUAGUGAUUUUACAAUUUUGAGUAUUUGGUUCCUUCUGCUAUAGUUUAUUAUUCAGGAUCAUCACACUUAAACGCAGAUAUUAAAGAAAAAAUUGUAGAUCCUAAAGAAAUUGAAAUCCAAGUUGCCAAAUUCAGAAAGUCGAUGUUGAAUCCGAAAAAUGAAGCAGUUAGAAAAGACAUUACUUCAACUAAUACGAAUAGCAAAUCUAAUCGUACAGCAAAUACCACUAUGUCAGUAAGUGACGAUAAAAUAAAAGCAUCAAAAUUGUUUAAUUCAUUGUUAAAAAAGUGAGAUAAUUUUAUCAUAUAAGGAUUCUUUAUUAAUUUGUAUGUACAUAAUUAUACAUGAAUAAAUGUAUGCAUUUUUAUAUUACUAUUAUUCAAUUAUGUAAUUCAAUAUACUUUUACAAGCUAAACAUUAACAUAAAAUUAAACUGCGUGUAUAAAAGAA